AAAAGGAAACUGAAAUAUAUAAAAAAAAACAUAAUUCUCCAGGUACACUUUCACUGUAACCAUAACAACGCGGUAGACGAGCAAUCCUAGUUGGUCCAAAUGUUUUAUGUUGUCGAUUUACGUCUUUUUUGAUAACUCUAUCGCUAUGUUAAGUUGGUAUUAGUCUAAAUGUAUGUUGGGGCAUAUGUAAAAAGGAAACAACCAAAUGCUUAAAGAAAGAAAGAAAGAAAGAAAGAUAAAAAAUAGGUGUAUAAAAUAAUAACAAAUGUCUGAGCCACGAAACUCCAGCAGUUUAUCUUCAAGAACAGAAGAAAGAUGUUCAACACCGGAAAUUUUGGUUUAUGGGAGCGAUGAGAGGUUUCUCAGAUCUCUGGAUGAGUUUAUCGAACAUGAGAUACGGUACCUACGGUGUCCAGAAGAGGACAAACUCCGGUACAUGGUCUACCGCUACGUCUUUAAUAAGGUGAUCGGACGAGCGACGGUCUAUAAGAGACUUCUGCUGACCAUAAAGGGGGAGUAUGAUGAUGUGAUCGGGGCGCUGCAGAGGAGGGAGGACGAGGCCAGGACGGCUCAGAGAACUCUGGCGGCCACAACGUCACACCCAAAAUCACUGAUGACCUGCCAGAGACGAGCCGCACACCUGAGGGACAGAAUCUGUGUCGUUCAGAAGGAAACAGCAGAACUUGAAGAGGAGAUGAAGAGACAGAAAUCAUCUCAAGAGCAGAGCACAUGGAUAGCUGGUUUGACGGUAGCUGAAUCGGAGGACCCGGAGUCUCUGGACGGACACCUGAAGCAUCUGGAAUCCCAGAGAGCUGCUCUACUGGACAGGAAGAGUCACUGCGUCUCUCUGGAGGUCAAAGCUGAGCUGGACACCGAGCUGCAGGCCGCCAAGGAACACAGAGACCAGCUGAGAACCAAGAACAUCCAACUGAAAGUCCUAUACAAGCGUCUGAGAUUAGUGUCUGACAGUCUGUCCAGCUGGGAGGGCGAGAAUCAGCCGGUUCCUCUGGAGGAACUCUUGGGUUCCACACUGGAGAACAUCAGACAGACCAGCGUGACAGAGGAUGAAGGCCGCAGCAUCGACGCCGAACUGUUCGAGCACGAAGAGCCGACCGGAGUGGACGAGUCUAAACUGCUGGCGGACUACCUGAACAGGUUCAUUGAGCUCUUUGAUUCGGCUCAGUAUGAGGAGGCGGCUCUCCUCGCUGCUAGAUCUCCUCGAGGGGUCCUGAGGAACCUCGACACCAUGGAGAUGUUUAAAGGUGUGAAGGGCCCCCCGGGCUCUCUCCCCCCUCUCUUCCUCUUCCUCCAGGCCUUACUGGUGACCGUCCCGACCGGUGAGGAGCUAUCAGCUGCUCUCUCCCUGCAGCUCGUCAGCUGUUCCCUGCAGCAGGGCGCCACGCAGCUCAUCACCCACGCUGUCAACAACAACAAACUGACCUUCUCUGAGGAUGUGGGCGACAUCCUGACUGAGCAUGCUCAGAAGAACCCCGGCGUGGCUGACUUGUGUCUGGCGUUGGCCACCACCGUCUACGAGGCCUGCAGGCUGGACAGGAAGACCGCCCUGAGCCUCUGCAGGAGAGGCUUCAUCCACAGCGCCGCCGAGUUCAUGAACCACUGCUGUGACCUCACCGCUGAGGACUGUAUGUGGGUUCUCUAUCGCUCACCCAGCCUCUCCCUCCUCCAGCUGUUGACGGCGCAUCAGCAGGGCCGGGCGGCCAUCUUGUCUUUGGGCGUGGCCUGUUCCACUCUGCUGGCUGACCCUCAGCAGCAGCAGCUCGCUCUGCAGCUCCUGGACAGCGUUGUCAGCAAAGGACGAGGGGUUGUGGAGGAGGCGAUCCUGCAGGACAGCAGCUCUUCAGUGGACGUCUGGUCUGUCGUGGCGUCUCUGUGCUCUGAGCUGAACCGGGCUGACCUGAGCCAGGCCGUCCUGUCCGUUCUGCUGGACCAGAGCGGGACCCGAAUCAUGACCCCAGGCCUGGAGGGAGCCCUGCUCAUGGAGCACGUCUUCCUGUGAAAACUGAACCUGAAAGGUAGAAUAAUCACAGAAAGCUAAAUCCCACGAAGCAAAAGAAUAUCAGCUGUUAAUAACCUGUUUCAUCUUCUUCUGUUUGUGGCAGAAAACCUUCAAAACUUGUUUAAAACACUCAAGUUCUGGUAUCUGUUGUGUAAAAGCUCAAAUAGCUCUUUAAGUUUCACUCUAUUUGUAAUAUCUGAAUCUCUUACACUCAAAUAUCAAAUCUACUGUAAGGACCCUUCAAUGAAUUUGAAUGUUUAUGUGGUGAAAUUUAAAGACUUUUAAAAUCA